CGAUUUCAUUCCUGUGCUUUAGCUUUGUGAAUAUACAUUUGCUCGUUGGAAGACUUUUUUUUCUAUAAUAUUCAAAAUUGCUGAUUGAAAUGGAGACUCCCACCGCGACGGUAGCUGUGGAUCCGCAAAGUGCGGACUUCUUUUACGGCUGGGACUUGCUGUUUAAAACUGUGGAGAAUCGAAUUGGCAAGAAGUCGGACGUACUAAUGGUGCUCGCCCACUUUCUGCUUACCAAGCAUUGCAACUUUCGAUGCGUUGGCAUCGGCGAUGACAAGAGUCUGCCGGAUGAUGAGCCCGGCAGCGAAUUGCUGCCGGAUCAGUGGAACGGAGACAACGCCAAAUACUCGCUGAGAUAUGUGCGCAAUAAGGUGCUCUAUUUGCUGCUGGCACAUAUUACUGAGGAUGCGCUGAUUGUCAAUUUGCUGGAUGUGAACACCAAGAAUGUAUCGAAUCUAUGCGUUACCCCCGAUACUCUGGUGGCCGAACUGAAGGGCAGCAUUGCCAAGACACUGCCAACGGCUGCGGCAAUUAUUGAACGCUUUCGCCGGGAGCUAUGCGAUCCGGUGUUUGCGGCAAAUGCCCGUGAAAUAACCGUGCCUCAAUUGACUAGCCAGACACCAGCCCAAACAACAGAUCCCCUGGCCGAUGAUGCUCGACGUCCGUUAGCAUAUAUGCCGCACAGCUUCGAGCUAAAUCCGUAUAAUAUGCCCGAUGUUGGACGCGGCGAUUUGGAUCCAUUGUCCGCCGGCAUGGGCAAUCUAUUUCCAUUUCCCCAAAAUCCUGCUCCCGUCCGUCCGAAUGUACCAGACCAGGGUACUCCCGAUCCGGAUCAUGCACAGCCCCCAGACUGGGAUCCCGACCAUUAUAUGUGACAACGCAAUUGACACAGCAAUUGGCCACAAAUUAGCUAAAUUUGUAUAGUAAAAAUUAAUUACUGUGAUUUAAAGAUCUUGCAAUUCCAGGUCAUCAAAACGAUCCACAGAAAUCUACCAAUUUAUAUUUUUUUAUGGAUUUUCCCCUUAAAAGUUUAGAUACCUAAACACAAACUAAUACCGGAUC